AUGGCCUUAAACUCAACAAAUCAAACUUAUGAUCUGUUUGAUGUUAAAAAAAACAAAUUAUUAUGGCAAGGAGAUCUUUCUCAAUUAAAGACAUUCGUUGCGAAUGAAGUGAAUCAAAGAGAUGCUGAAAAUGCGAUAUGGCGAUCGCCGAGCGGAGGCACAUGGUGCUUUAAAGGCGAAGGCGAUGAUCUGUUAGUAACGUGGCACAGCAAAAGCAAAACGAUCUCUUUUGACGGUAAAGCGGCUGAUGAAAUUAAAGAACGAAUUCACGAAGCUAUAAGCAACAAAUAUACAGAUUUGACAAAUGUCGAAGUCGCAAAUGUAGAAGCCACCAAUGUUGAAGCCGCAAAGGUCGAAGCUACAAAUGUCGAAGCCACAAAUGUCGAGGCUACAAACGACGAAGCCGCAGAUAUCGAAGCCAGAGAUAAUACUAACGCUAUCGAAUUGGUCAACAUCAGUGAUUCUACCUUACUGCCUAAUGAUUUAUGCGGUAAGUGGUCUGAUCUAGCCGACAAGGUCGAAUUCCUCGAAGAUCGAAUGAAUAAUAACUUUAUGGAUAUCGCAAAAUCAAUAAACAGUUUGAAAGCAAAGGAAGGAUUAAAUACGGAGCUCUCCCGUGAAUAUGUUGAUAGUAUUGUGCGGGAAAAUGUAAAAUUAAGACAGGAUAAUGAAAAUUUAAGGGAACGUUCUGAAAAUCUUUCGUAUAUUAUAUCAGAUCUAAACACUAAAGCUAAAAGAUUUGAAAAUGAGAAAGAAUCCCUGAUUACAGCUUUGGGAAUGUUACAAUCAGAUCUAAAUGAGAAAUAUAAAGGGGCUGAUUGGCAAACUGUCAAAGGUUCUGUUAUAAAAAAACGGUAG